AGAUGUCUAGGGCAAGGAGUGAACGCGGGGUAGGGGAAGACGAAGGGUGUCUGGGGCGAGGAAGGAGAUGGGUGUGCCAUGGCCAGCAUACACGCUCUCGGUGCUCCUCUGCGCCGAGGAGGAGCUUUUGACGGCACUAUCUGCCUCUAUGAGUUUGAUGCCGCCAAUCGAUGAGCUUCGCUUGCUACCCGUCUACAGACACGCCUUCCACCUCGCCUGCAUUGACAUGUGGUUGCUCUCCAACUCGACCUGCCCCUUUGUCGUGACUCCCUUUUUCCUUAGAGAUCUUCCAAUGAACACAUUGCAUUCAAUUAAAAACAACCGAACCAAAGAUGACGAGGAGGCCACUGGAGAUCCCCACAUUUCCGCCGUCAAAGAAACUGCUAUCGAGAAGGGGUUCCUGGUGAGGUCAGCAAGUUCAUCAACUUGGGAGAUAGACACAGAGAUGGUGAGGGCACCACCAAUGGCGACUCUAGCGUCAAAAUUGUGAUGAAGAAUUGGAGAUUGAAGGAAUGGGAGAUUGAGGUGCUUCUCAAUGGGGUCAUACUAGUACGUGCUGGCCGACACCGAGCUCCACGUGGCCUUCAAGAAGUGCUGCUCUUCCAUAAAUAGGGGAAUGGGAAGUGAUCAGCGAUUAGGGGAAGAGACUCGGCGUCGUUGGGUGGCGAGAGAGCUUCUCCGUGUCAAAUAUCCGGUUUUGGAGUAACAAUAAAGGGAAGGUCCUUUAUUCCAACACAUCUGAUCAAGAAGCAAACUCGCAAUGGAAGAAGAUAAAAGUGAAUUGGUGAUGCUUGUAACAAUUCUUCUCAAUCACAAAUUUUGCUAGGAUUAUUCUCAUAUUCACUUCCUUGAGAAAUCAAAUAUCAAGCACAGUCAUGGAUUAGUUUUUUUUUUCAAUGGCUGAAAGUUCUGCACGGAAAGCUUUUCAAACAUGCUUGUAAGUUUCUCUCUACCGGAGUUGGGAUUGUUUUUCAACGAGUAGGAUUGCUUAUCUGGGAGUAUUUUGUCGAAUUUGUUCCUAUGUUUUUAAGUGGAACGAAAAGUAAGCAGAGGUUUAUCUCGUCGGUGAUUUGGAUAUAGUUUUGGGAGCAUCUUGUUUAUUUUUGAUGUUUUUGAGUUAGAUUUGGAGGAAAGUAGAAACUU